CACCGGAAAAGGCGCAGUUAGCGGUAGUAGCCCAUCAGUGGAUGAUUAUCGUUUUUGUAGGAUGAAACGGAUAAAGGAAGCCUUCCUUAUGUUGUCGGCUUUGUCUUCCGUUUUUGGUGAAUGAAUCUGCAAGUGAUAAUUCGGCUGUUGUUGCAUUGUGAGGAGGAGCUUUAUCUUGUAAGCUGAGUGAUUCGCACUAUCUCACUAAAGCUAAGGUUUACCAGAUACGUUGAGCUUCACUGUUUACCAAACUGUCAUCUGGGCUACCGACUACAAGUAUGCCAAAGGGGACAGACCACCUGGAGUGUGGAGGAGACGAGGAGUCAAAGGAGAGGAUGCAAGAUGCUUCUGAGGAGAAAGGGAGUAAAAGGGUCUGUGCAGAUACUCCAAGCCCGACUAGAGGGGAAACUCCUCAAGCCAGUCCUCCCAGGUUUGUCUCGGUGGAGGAACUGAUGGAAGCUGCCAAAGGAGUCACAAACAUGGCUUUGGCUCAUGAGAUAAUGGUCAACCAGGAGUUUCAAGUCAAACCUUCAGAGCUACCAGAGGGGAGUUUGGAGCGCAGAGUGAAGGAUAUUAUGCACAAAGCUUUCUGGGAUUGCUUGGAUGCUCAGAUGAAGGAGGAUCCACCAAAGUAUGAAAAUGCCAUUAAAUUGCUGGCUGAGAUUAAAAAGACGCUACUGUCUUUCUUGCAAACGGGCCAAGGACGUCUGCGCUCCCGUAUAGAGGAGGUUCUGGACCUGCCUCUCUUACAGCAGCAGGCUGACAAUGGAGCACUUGACAUCAGUCAACUGUCCCAUUUCAUCAUGGGGAUGAUGGGUUCGCUGUGCGCCCCCUGCAGAGAUGAGGACAUCAAUAACCUGAAGCAGAUCACUGAUAUUAUUCCUCUACUUAGGGCAAUAUUCUCUGUACUGGAUGUGAUGAAGAUGGACAUGGCUAACUUUGCUCUGAGCAGCAUUAGGCCUCAUCUAAUGCAGCAAUCAGCUGAGUAUGAGAGGAGCAAAUUCCGGGACUUUUUAGAGAAGCAACCAAAUGCUUUAGACUACACUGAGAAGUGGCUUGAGAACUCAAUGAGAUCCCUGAGAGAAGCCAGGGAGACUGGCUCUGCCUCAUCUGAGCCUCCCUCACUCAGUCCAGUUGAUGUCCAUAAUCAUGCCUAUCUACUCCUGCUGAAGUGGGAUCAUGCGUCUGACCCAUUCCCAGAGACAGUGUUGAUGGAUCAGGUUCGGUUCCAGGACAUGCAGCAGGAGGCUGAGAAGUUAGUUCUGCUCUCCUCUGUGCUCCUCAUUGUCUACACGUCCACAGGAGAAGCUAUCUCUGGCCUCCCAGGGCUUAUUGAGACUCUUAAAAACACUGUCAAUGUCAUGCUUGCAAACAUACACACACCGUCAUUUAGUGAACAGGAGGCCUUAGCCACCAUCGGGGAGAAACUGUGCGUUGAUCUGACGGAGUGUCUCAGCAAACACGGAUAUGCUCCCUUCUCAGCUGAACAACAGAACACUUUCAGGGGACAAAUCUCAGCCACCAUCCAGCCAGACAACACAGUCCGCAAGCUGAUUGGCUCACGAGUUCAGAGCUAUCUCCUGGCUUCCCUUGAGUCCAGUCAACAUAAGAGCCCUUCUCUCCCGGGAGGUCUGACUCCAGUCAGCAGGGAGCUCAAAGAGCUGGCUGUUCGAUUCAGUCGCCUGGUCAACUUCAACAAGCUCGUCUUCUCCCCAUUCUACCAAAAGAUACUCCACAAGAUACUGACAGCAGGGGAGAUUCCCAGCAUUGAUACAUAAGCAUGCAUUUCAAAGAUCUGUCUGUCGUUGUUCUAUACUGUAUACCUUCACUAGUAAAAUGGAAUAUGAAGAGAAAGGGUUAAGGAAGCUGAUCUAUAUUUAGCAAAAAAAAAAAACAGUUCUCCAUAGUUGCACCUUAAACCGCCAUAAUUAAAAACACUGGCUUGCAUCCCAGCCACAUUAUAUCACAUUUUUACUUGUUUAAUAAAACUCAGCUCUUAUAUUAGCGACCUAACAAUUAAAGAAGUAAAGUCAACAAUGUUAAUCAGUGUUCAUCAAGUGUGUAAAGAGAAAGAAAAGAGAUCUCAUGCCUGGGUCACACUGCCGACCUCAACCUGUGCAUUAUACUCCAGAUGCUCUGAUGUGCACACAUAGACAGUGCUUCUGCUGACUCACUUCAUGAGCUGCUCCUUUAGCCUUAUCUUCCAUGAGAGCACCAUCCUGCAAAUUCUAUAAUUCAUUUAGUUUUAUCCCAAGAGUAAGUACAAUACAAGCAAGUCUGAUGGGACACGUGCUGACAGACAGAGGCACAAUCAUCAAAACCAUCCUAAAUCACUGUCACUGAUGGUGGAGGGUGUAGGAGGAGGUGGGCGGAGCAGUGAGUUAAAAAAAUAAACUUGAGAAUGAAGUCUCUGCUUACAGUUGCUGAGGUCAGGAGUCUGUGGACUCAUACAUGUUCUGUCUGCUUCCCUGAGCCCUGCCCUUUUGCUCUCUGAUGACUUCAGGAAGCCCAUGGACUAGGGGAGGUUUUAUGAGCGGGUUUGGACACUAGAGGGCAGAGUUUGUUCAGAGAUGAGGCUAGCGAGGAGCAGCAUGUGUCUGUAGCCUCACGUAGUGUGGCAAAAUUGUUACGGGCAGGCAAAUUAGAGUUUGAUAAAAGUAAUCAAUAAAUUAAUAUAUCAUUUCACGUAAUCUUAAAUUCCUAAUGUAUUUAGUAAAGCCAGAAAUAUUAAACUAAUGCAGCCAUUGUAUUGUUUUGUUCACCGGUCUGACGUAUUCUACACAGAAAGUGAAACCAUAGGCGAUAUGUUACUAUUUAAAGGUUAUGUUCACUCUCAAAGUGUGAGAACUAAGCAUGACGUGGUAAAGAGGAGAGACUCCCAUGGUGCAUGGUUACAGCUAGAGGUUAAAGAGCUCUAAUCUGUCAGUAUGGAUGCAUAAAUGAAAAGCAAGAGGUUUCCAGAAGCACACGUACAGGAAUGCAGUGUGGCCAAGGCGUCAGAGUGACACAUAUUUGUGCUGCCUUUAGACCCAGGAGUAUUUUAUUUGUACUCUUAAACUCCAAAAUGUGUGACAUUUUCUUUUUUGAGUAAAGUGAUGAUUAAUGACUGAACUCCAUAUAAUUGAACUAGUAGAAGUUAGUUCACACAAAACUAUGUACCCCAUUUGAAAUGAAUGCGAUGGAUGUGAUCAGCCUGUAUCUAAACUUUGAAACCAUAGUGAUAAGUAAACACUCAAAGCUCCUUUUUAUGGUUCAUGCGACUUGUUUACUAAAUAGCAUCUAAUUACAACAGCACUGAAGGACUUCAACGUUUUGGAGAAUAUAACAAUUACACUAUUGGUCACGUAAGUGAUAAUCAUCGAUCCAAUUCAACGAGAGACGAGUGAGACAACACAUUUCAAUUUGCUCUUAAAAUCUCUAAUAUAGGCUGCUGUAAAUGUGACCUUUCAUUUGUUGGUGAAAGUCCUAAUGUUGAUUUGGGGACAGUGAUAUGGCUGUUUAGCUAGAUAGACAAUUCAAAUGAUGUUAUGUCAAAUGCACACUUUGAGAGUGACAUUGAGUCUAGCUAGAAUUGCCUAACCUUGCUUUUUCCACACUUGCAUUAAUUAAAGUUUUGUUCUAUCGUAUCAUA